CAAGGUCAGCUUUACUCUUUCCUUUUUUUUUUUUCCUUCUUUCUUGUUUUUAGUUUGUUGCAAUGUCAUCAAACACACCAGAGCCCAGUAACGAAGGCACAGAAAGAAAACAAGAUGUGUCAGCUGGUCGGCCCGUCUUGAGUAGAUCGUGUUCGUCCGCUCCCACUUACUCCUCUCCUUCAGCAUCCAAAAAGACUCUAUUAGACGAAAAGCCCAUUACGAAAAUGCCACUUACUGGUCCUAACCCUAACCAAAAGACCAAAGACAAUAAUAAGCAAACAACACAACCCUCGUCUUCAUCCAAAUCUACAAAGUCUCAGAACCCUCGAACUCUUACAGAUUUCCUUAUGCGCUCUAAAACUUCUCAUUCUGCAGGCUCAUCCAGUUCAUCUAGCCAGGCCUUCCAACCUCCUAGCUUAAAGCGUUCAUACUCAGCCAUCUCUUCUUUGGAUACAGCAAACGAACAUUGGUUAAAUACGCCUAUUGCUCCAAAACAAAAACGAAUUGAUACAAAAGAAGUUGUAAGUUGUAUGUCUGUGUGCAUACAUACAGAUAUUUAUUUAUAAAUACGUAUCAGUGACUCUAAACAUACUUUUUUUCUG